AACCCCAGUGGCAGACCGUCCCGUCGCGUGGGGGACGAAUCGAUGUUCAUCCAAGAUAUUACUCGAGAAAAAAACAGAGAGAGAGAAAACCUAAAUAUAAAUUAAAUUAAUAUUAGGAGAGAAGAACAAAGGCGUGUUCCAGAAUCCAGAUUUUGAGUAGUCUCUCUAGCCCUGGUCAUUCGCUUGCAACGAAUUCGAGGUGAGAACUUCGCCUCCUUCCCUCCUUUGCGGCAAAAGAAUGUUUGCAUUAGCCACGGUGCGCUCGAGAUUCUGAGAAUUGGGGGAAAGUUCUUCGAGGUCUUGUUGUUGAUGGGCGCCAGCGCGAACGCAGACGGGGCCAAUGGCGGCCCCUUACCUGGAGGAGGCGGCGGCGGCGGCGGUGGCGGUGGAGGUGGUUCGUCAGCUGCCAGAAACCCGUUCGAUGCCACCGCGGCGGCGGCUCAGGCGCUGAAGCAUAACCCGGGGUUGUCGAUUGACUGGUCCGCCGAGGAGCAGGCGACCUUGGAAGAAGGGCUUAGCAAGUAUGCUUCUGAAGCAAUUCUUAUCCGUUAUGCAAAAAUUGCCAUGCAAUUGCAUGACAAGACAGUUCGUGAUGUGGCCAUGCGCUGUAGAUGGAUGACAGUAAGUAUUAAUAAAAAGGAGAACAGCAAGAGGAGAAAAGAAGAGCAUAACCUCGCAAGGAAAAGCAAAGAUAAGAAGGAAAGGGUUUCAGAUACUCCUGCAAAAGCGACAGGCCACCUUGGAACACGUCCUAAUGUUCCUCCAUAUGCACCACCAAUGCUCCCAGUCGAUGACGAUGAUAUUUCAUAUAAAGAUAUUGGUGGUCGAACAGGAGAGCUUCUUGAAAGUAACACAGAGGCCUUCACUAAAAUAUCAACAAACUUUACUAACUUAAAGAUUCCAGAUUCCAGAUUCCAGAUUUGGGUAUAAUGAAUCCAAGCAUUACCAAGUGUUUGCUCCCUCUUGCAGCUUGUCUGAUAUGCCCGAAAUAAUGAAGCAGAUGCCACCAUUGCCAGUGAAGUUGAACGAAGAGCUUGCCAACUCUAUCCUGCCGAGGCCAAACUUGCCUAUGUAGACUCCUUGGAUGAUCAAUCCGUCCUAGCUCUGUCCUAUGAAGCGAAAGACCUACCUGAUCAACAUUGGUAGUUAGUACUAGUGGUAAUCCUAUCUGUCGCCCUGCUCGUUGUACCUUAUAUAAUGUUCAUGUUCUUUGGCCAGCUGAUUAGUACAUAUCGUCUACAGAUAACCUACGCACUGUAUCGAUUUUUGUAAAAUUGGUGAUUAAUUAGAUUCAUGAACAGCCAGUAAGUAGCCUUCACUCCAUGUGUUUGCUCAGACAUUGUAGGCACUUACCAGAACUGUGAACCUAAACGUUGAAAAGUACCUUUAAUUUAUACUGCACAGUCACUGCUCUGA